AUGUCUGGACGUGGCAAAGGCGGCAAAGGACUGGGCAAGGGCGGCGCCAAGCGUCAUCGCAAGGUCCUCCGCGACAACAUCCAGGGUAUCACGAAGCCUGCGAUCCGUCGUCUCGCUCGUCGUGGCGGUGUGAAGCGUAUCUCGGGUCUCAUCUACGAGGAGACGCGCGGGGUGCUCAAGGUGUUCCUCGAGAACGUCAUCCGCGACUCGGUCACGUACACGGAACACGCGCGCCGUAAAACCGUGACGGCGAUGGACGUCGUGUACGCGCUUAAGCGCCAGGGACGCACGCUGUACGGCUUUGGCGGAUAA